AUGAUCUCGAAUCUUCCAGACGUUCUUCUUGUCCUCAUUAUAUCCAAUCUGACGUUCAAGGAAGCUCUCAGGACCAGCGUUUUAUCUAAACGCUGGAAGCAUAUUUGUCGCGAGACGAGAAACGUCUCAUUUCAAGAGGCUGUGAUCACUCAAACCUAUCCGGAGUGGCUUGAUGAAGAUACGAAACGAGAGGAAUUUGUAGGUUACAUCUUGCAUUGGGUUUCCAGGUUCACGGGUGGGAUCGUUGAUACAUUCGAACUCUCCUUUCAUAGGCCGCUUGGUUAUGAAGCGGAGAUGAUGACUCUCAUAGAUUUCGCAGCCGCUAAGAAAGUCAAGAACCUCGUUCUUGAUUUCUCAGACCGGCUUUGGGUGAACCGAGAUGAAGUUGAAGCAUCAUUUGAAUCUACCAUGAUUCAAAUGCCGGAGAGCUUUUACCGAUUAACCGGCCUGGUGAAGUUGAAGUUACUGGCAUGCCGGCUUGCAGUAGCAGGUUCGGUAGAGUUCCUCUACUUUGGGUGGAUGCCGCUCGCCAUGAUCACGUCUUUGUUACCAAAGGCACCUCUUCUGGAGUGCCUGCAGAUUAAAAAUUGCUGGAACGUUGGUCUCGGAGCAAUAACCGGAGUUAACAACCGGUUGAUCAAACUGGUGUUCAAGAACUGUGUCUUCGGAGUGCAGGGUACUUCACUCGAUCUGCCAAGCAUUCUCAUCUUCAAGUAUGCUGGCAAUGUUCAUUCCUUUACGUUGAGGAACGUAAACCGAGACAUGGAUGAAGUGUCGCUCGACUUUGGGCGGCUGAGCCAAUUCCAAGCUGGCUUAGGAACACAUUUUUGUGACCUCCUCUGCAGUUUGGUUACUGCCAAGUCAGUUACUGUCUGUCCUUUCCUCAUUCAAGUGAUCCAGGAUAAUGCCAACCCGCUUCGGCUUAGAGCAGAUAUGCAAACGAGGAGAUUGGUGCUGAAGACGACUCUCGAACCACGUGAGUUCGUCGGAAUCAGGUUCAUGAUCAACAGCUGUCCAUAUCUGGAGACGCUGACUUUUCAGCUCGUUGUUAGAGCCGCUGUCCGAAUGGUGCGAGUGCCGAUCGAUGCAAACGGAUAUUGGAGGGUUGGGAUUUUUCACCAGUGUUUCAAGAAUACACUCAAAAAUUUAGAGAUCUGGAGCUUCUGGGGAGGAUUUUAUGAGUUGCAGCUCCUGAAGAAUCUGAUUCGCGUUGGUCGUGUGCUGGAACGGGUGGACUUGUAUGGACCCAUGGGACUUGCCGUGGAUCGACUUGACCAAAAAGCUAUCAUGACUAAGGUUUCAGACUCUAACACGGUCUCGCCUUAUGCAUUGUCUUCGUCUGAUAACCCCGGUUCCAUGAUCUCCUCCGUUGUGUUGAGUGGAGAUAAUUACUCGGAGUGGGCCACCGAGAUGUUUAAUGCUCUUCGUGCUAAGAGAAAAACUGGGUUUAUUGAUGGAUCCAUUAAGAAACCUACAGCAUUUGGUUCGGAGUUGGAGUCUUGGACCAGUGUGAACUCGAUGAUUAUCGGUUGGUUGCGCACCUCAAUCUCUCCUCGUGUUCGUUCCACGGUGUCUUUUAUAGAUGAUGCUACAGAACNAUGCAAACGAGGAGAUUGGUGCUGA